AUGCCAGGUCGCAAGAGCCUGUUCAUAUUCCUGAUGAGUCUGGCAUGGAAAUGCCGGCUCAGUAUGCCGCUGAUAUUGAGCGGGACAGUGGCGCUCCUUGGCAGGGCCUUGAUGUUUCAGAUACGAGUGCAUACUGUGCACACGCUAAGGGAAAGCGAGCUGGCAAUGUUAGAUGAUAACGAUGAUGAUGAUGAUGGCGAAGAUGAUGAUGACGAUUCCUGGGAGACGGAGUCAACUGACUCCUGGGAGACCAUCGUGGAGGAAGUUGCGAAUGGA